AUGGCUACAGUGAAAAAAUGGAAUAUUGAAAAUAAAAUAUCAGCUGUAGUAACUGACAAUGCUCCUAACAUUGUUGGUGCUAUUAAGUUAAAUAAUUGGAGACAUAUUUCAUGUUUUGCUCACGUCCUGAAUAUUGGUAUUCAACACGGAUUGGAAAAAUUAAAACCUAUUAUUAAUAAGAUAAAAAGUAUAGUUGAAUUUUUUAAACAAAGUUCUGGAGCGUGUCAUAAGUUACAAAAUAUUCAAAAACAAAACAGAUUUGAAAAUCUUAAACUUAUACAGGAAUGCAAAACGCGAUGGAAUUAUGCAUAUUUAAUGAUGGAAAGGAAUAUUAAAUUAAAAGAGCCUGUAUUGUCGACAUUAGCAAUUACUAACAAUAGAUUAAAUUGCAUUAGUGAUGAUGAAUGGGAAGUAGUGUAUUCUGCUUGUAAAUUAAUUAAAGUUUUUGAUGAACUUGUUGUAAAACAGAAAUGA